UUUGCUCGAUAAUCUUACAUGCCAACCUCUGCACUGCUCGGGAAGAUAAUUUCUGUGUUUUAUUUUCCAGUAUAUCUAAAAAAUGGCAUACCAUGUUAGGAUUGCGACUCUUGUUUACCUUUGAUUGUUAAACAAUCUCGAAUUCAAACUCGAGAAGAUUGAAAAUGAAAGCAAAAUCCAAGCUGCGGCAAGCAAUAGACUUGCUCUGCUCUCAGAGCACUGCCACUUCUGAGGCAUACACCCAAUUGGUCCUUGAAUGUGUUCGUAAAAAUGACAUCAACCAAGCUAAGAGACUCCAGUCCCACAUGGAGCACCAUCUUUUCCAACCCACCGAUCCCUUUCUUCACAAUCAGCUACUUCAUUUGUAUGCAAAAUUUGGCAAGCUUCGAGAUGCCCAGAACUUGUUUGAUAAAAUGCUUGAAAGGGAUGUUUUCUCUUGGAACGCUAUGCUCUCUGCGCAUGCUAAAUCGGGUUCUAUUCAAAAUUUGCGGGCGACAUUUGAUCAAAUGCCUUUUCGGGAUUCAGUUUCGUACAAUACGACCAUUGCAGGUUUUGCUGGAAAUAGUUGUCCAAAAGAGUCGCUUGAGCUUUUUAAAAGAAUGCAAAGGGAAGGUUUCGAGCCUACGGAGUAUACGAUUGUAAGCAUAUUGAAUGCAUCUACACAGUUGUUGGACUUGAGGCGUGGGAAACAGAUUCAUGGGAGCGUUAUUGUGCAUAACUUUUUAGGGAAUGUGUUUAUUUGUAAUGCUUUAACAGAUAUGUAUGCCAAAUGUGGUGAGAUUGAACAGGCAAGGUGGUUGUUUGAUUGUCAUACUAACAAGAAUUUGGUUUCUUGGAACUUAAUGAUAUCUGGGUAUGCAAAGAAUGGAAAGCCUGAGAAGUGUAUUGGUUUGUUACAUGAAAUGCGGUUGUCUGGACAUAUGCCCGAUCAAGUUACCAUGUCAACUAUAAUUGCAGCUUACUGUCAAUGCGGACGUGUAGAUGCAGCAAGAAAAGUGUUUAGUGAGUUUAAAGAGAAGGAUAUUGUUUGCUGGACAGCCAUGUUGGUGGGUUAUGCAAAAAAUGGCAGAGAAGAGGAUGCACUAUCGUUGUUUAAUGAAAUGCUAUUAGAACAUAUUGAACCUGACAGCUACACUUUAUCAAGUGUUGUCAGUUCUUGUGCCAAAUUGGCAUUUCUACAUCAUGGUCAGGCAGUCCACGGAAAAUCAAUUCUUGCUGGACUUAAUAAUAAUUUGCUCGUCUCUAGCGCACUAAUUGAUAUGUAUUCUAAAUGUGGUUUCAUUGAUGAUGCAAGGUCAGUCUUCAACCUGAUGCCAACUAGGAAUGUGGUUUCAUGGAAUGCUAUGAUUGUUGGUUGUGCACAAAAUGGACAUGAUAAGGAUGCCCUUGAACUCUUUGAAAAUAUGUUACAACAGAAAUUUAAACCCGAUAAUGUAACUUUUAUUGGGGUUUUAUCUGCUUGUCUCCAUUGUAAUUGGAUUGAGCAAGGGCAGGGGUACUUUGAUUCUAUAAGCAACCAACAUGGACUGACACCAACUUUGGAUCAUUAUGCAUGCAUGGUCAAUCUCCUAGGACGUACGGGCCGGAUAGGUCAAGCAGUUAGUCUAAUAAAAAAUAUGGCCCAUGAACCAGAUUUCCUGAUUUGGUCCACACUUCUAUCCAUUAGCUCAACAAAGGGUGAUGUUGUAAAUGCAGAAAUGGCAGCUAAGCAUCUCUUUGAAUUGGAUCCUACGAGUGCUGUACCAUAUAUUAUGCUCUCAAAUAUGUAUGCCUCUAUGGGUAGAUGGAAGGAUGUAGCAUCAGUUAGGAAUCUCAUGAAUAGCAAGAAUGUGAAGAAGUUUGCUGGGUACAGUUGGAUUGAAAUUGAUAAUGAGGUGCGCAGAUUUACAUCAGAAGAUCGGACUCAUCCAGAAACAGAAAAAAUAUAUGAGGAAUUGAACAUGUUGAUAGGGAAACUUCAAGAAGAAGGAUUUACCCCAAAUACAAAUCUGGUUUUGCAUGAUGUUGGAGAGGACGAAAAGUUCAAAUCCAUAUGUUUCCACAGCGAGAAACUUGCUCUUGCCUUUGGUUUGAUUAAGAAACCUAAUGGAAUUAGUCCAAUAAGGAUCAUAAAGAAUAUCAGAAUUUGCAACGAUUGCCAUGAAUUUAUGAAGUUUGCAUCUAGGAUUAUUAGAAGGCAAAUAAUAUUGAGAGAUUCAAAUAGGUUUCAUCAUUUUUCAACUGGGAAGUGCUCCUGCAAGGACAACUGGUAAGGAGUUUGCUGGUGUAGAUUGGGGGAAGUCACGAGGUACAAUGUGAGAAAACGAUGACGUGAGGAUAUUGGGACUAUAACAAAGAAGAGAAGUAGAGGGUUCAAGGGAAAAGGGUCGGUUCCUGAAAUUUUCACAUAUAAGUCCCCAAGCCACUUGAAAUUCCAGAAUAGGAAAUUGAUGUUCCUCGUUGCACAAUACUCCAUCUUAUACAAAAAAUGAGAAACAUCAAUUUCAAACUCGCUAACUCCAAGAUGGGAGUGGAGUGUUGCUGAAAAAUUCUAUAAGCGUCUGCAUCCUGAAUGUUUGAGGAAAUCAUGUAUAGCAUUCAUUAAAAAAGUCUUCAAACACUGGUAAAUUCUCCACAAGUGUGUGAAACCUUGUAACAAUUAAUUCUUGAAUGUCAUUCAUGGGUGAACAGAAACCGAAAACGAGGUGAGCCACCAGUCUAUAGAAAAAAGUACAAAUCCAAGAGACUGUUACAAUUAAUAAAAGACGAAAACAUCUGAACUCACUCUUGGAGAACUGUCACAAUGAGAAAUCAACACUAUGAGAAACUGGAAGAUGUAAGAUGUCUAGUAGAGGCGAUGGAUGACUUUUCUCUUGGUAGUGGGGAGAGAGUAUUUCCAAGAUAGGUCCUUCAGCAGGUCUUGUUGGGUACCAAUUGAUGAUAUCAAUAAGUUUUUGUAAAUGGUACGUGUAGGAGGUUGUGUAUUUCCUCAUAACAAGGAACCGGAUUACCUAAGAGAUGGUCAGUAUCGCAUUGAUUCUCAGGCCACUCCAACAUUGCUAAAUUGUCUCAUCUGCAAACUCUCGUACUACAGGUUCGUGGAGACAGAUGGUAAAGGAUUUGAUGGGUGAUGCAGACAGAAAUUGGGAAGAAAUAUUUUAAACUUAGGAAUAAAAUCUUCCAAAGUGGAAAAAAAUAUUUUAUUUUUAAUAGGAUGAGAAAUUGCUAUUUCUAAUCUAAAAUAUUUCAGGGUUUUCCAAAGUAACCUCUUUUUUAAAAUGUGGUUUUUCUAAGAGAAAUUAUUUUAAAUGAUAAAACUGUUAGAAAUAUUUUCAAAUAUAGCAAAAUAGUAUGUUUUCAUAUUAGGAAAUUUUUUAAUAUUUUGCUAUAUUUGUAACCCUUUUUCUAAUCUCUUUUUAAUUUUUCAACUUUUGUGAUGUUGCCGAUAUACCAUUGAAAAAGCAAAAAAAAAAAAAAAAAAAAAUCACCGGGGGGAUUUCAAACGGCUAAAGAGUAAAAAGACCCAUGUUUUUUUCUCCUCCUUCCUUUUCUAGGAUAUUUUAGUAACAUCACAUGUGGGGCCCUCAAAUUAAUCAUUGAAAAAAUAAAAAAAGGUUAAAAAAAACGAGAUUUUAAAAAAGAGGUUAGUUUUGAAAUCUCAAAAACUUUUUAGGUUAGAAAUCACAAUUUCCCUAAUUAUCCAAGAAAUUCUGAGCAGUGAUUUUUGUCGAUGGAGAGAAACUUGUUUGUUGAGAAUAUGGGAUUUUCACGUAAAGAUAGAAGAGGUAAACAAAUUCAUCUUGUUGUCUCUUUUGCUUGAUGUCAUUUUGAAGAGGAAAACAAGUUUCCAGCAUGUUGAGAUA